UGACAUUGGAUGUAUUCGUAUUAUUAAUUUUAUAUUCAUAUUAUAUUCUUUUACAUUCUGGAUAAUUAUCAGAAUUUUUCUAAAAUUGUCCAAUCUUCAUAAGUGAUUUGUUACUUGAGAAUUUCUGCAUACAACUUAAAUAAAAUGUCACGAGUACGACGAUUAUCAAUAAUAGGGAUCAGGAAUUUUGGUGAUGAAAAAGAAGAAGAGAUUCGAUUUACAAGACCAUUAACUUUGAUAAUUGGUGAUAAUGGUGUUGGAAAAACAACAAUCAUCGAAGCACUUCGAUACGCAUCAACAGGAGAAUUUCCACCUGGAUCUGAUAGAGGAAAAGGAUUUAUCCAUGACCCUACGUUAAAAAAAUCGCAGACAACUGUGCGAGGGGAAGUUAAAACAGAAUUCGUCGACAAGUCCGGAAUAGUAACAAAAGUUACAAGAGCGAUGGAAGCAACGAGAACUGAAUCUCAAAUUAAAUUCAAAACUGUCGAUAAUUCUAUUUCUAAAGUUAAUAAAAAAACUGGAGAGGAAUAUUCAAUAAGUCAUCGUUGUGCCGAUGUAGACAGAGAAAUGAAAGAAUCAUUAGGUCUAUCACCGGCAAUUUUAAAUUAUGUUAUAUUUUGUCAUCAAGAUGAUGCAAAUUGGCCUACGACUGAUGAUGGCAAAAAAUUAAAAGAACGUUUUGAUGAAAUUUUCGACACAUCGAAAUAUAAUAAAGCACUCGAACAAAUUCGUAAACUUAUAAAAGAAAAAAAUCAAACAGUUCGUAUGUUAACUAUUGAAUUAAAUGCUUUAUCAGUGAUUGUCGAUGAAGUUAGAGCUAAAGAAUUGAAGUUGAAAGAAUAUCAAGAUCGACGUUUAAAAUCUGCAUAUGAUAUUGAGGAAACAGCUAAAAAAUUAGAACCUGUAAAAAAACAAAUCAAUGAGAUUAAUAAUUCAGAAAAAAAAUAUAUCGAGUUGACUUCAGAGAAGAAACAAAAAGAGGUUGAAGUUUAUUUAGCAGAACAAGAAUUGAGAACUUUAGAAUCAUCAAUUAAAGAAUUUUUUAUUGGUUCAGAUAAAGAGUUAGCAGCUGCCCUGAAGUCUUACGAUGAUGAUCUUGAAAAGAAAAUGGAAAAAAUUGAUGAGAUUCAAUCUAGUAUAUCAGAUUUAACUGAUAAAGAAAGUAAAAUUUCAAAAAGUUUAAAAGAACAACAUCAAAGAAUUGGAUCAUUUGAAUUACAAAUAGAAGAGCAAAAAAGAAAAACCGGAGAAAGAAACAAUUUACUCAAUGAAAUACUUGCGGAAUGGAAUAUGGAUCCUAUAGAUUCUCAAACAUCGGAAGGUUUUAUUCGUAAUACGAUUGAAGAAGUUGAUGUAAACUAUCAGUCCUUAGAAAAAUCAUUAAAUGAUACCCAAAUAAAAUUCGAUAAAGAGGAGAAUGAAGCUGAGAAAAAAGUAGAAAGUUUAAGAAAUCAUCGGAUGAAAAUUGAUGUUGAACUCAAACGUUGCGAAAAGGAAAUUUUAGACGUUAAAAAUUCUAUACGAGAUACUAAAAACAAAAUUUUGAAAGCUGAUGAUAUUGAAAAAAAAUCAAAUUCUGUUGAUAAAAAAUUAGAAGAAUCUAAUAAAUUAAUUCAAAAACUUUCCAAUGAAAUAGUUGCCCAAAGUUAUUCAAAAUUAAUCGACCAAUCAAUGAAAUCAUUAGAGAAUGUUGAAGAAAAAGUUAAUAAAACAGAUGAAUUGAUGAUCUUAUUACAGAAUCAACAUACUACAAAAUCAAAGAUGGAGAAUUUGGAAUUUGAAUUAGCAAGAAAAAAUCAGAAUAAUGAAGAAUUCAAAAAAAAAUAUGGACAACAGCUUGAAGAUUUAUUGGGAAAGAAUGAAGUUCCAAAAAAGGACUUAAAAAACACCGUAAAUAAAUUUCAGCAAACUUUAAAUGAGCGUUUGAAUAAAUUGCGUCAACAAGUUGUUCAAGAGCAAAAGAAAGCAACAACUCUAGAGACAACAAUUGAACAUCUACGAAAAGAAUUUCGUGCAAAAUUAGCAGAAACUCAAUGUGAUAAACAUAAAAUCACUACUCAUUGUGGUGAUUAUAAAAAUUAUGAUAGUACAAUAUUAACUUUAAGCGCCAAACUUAGAAAACUUCAAAAUCAAAGAGGAAUGUUUGCUUUUCAAGGUAUGGCUUAUUCUGAAUAUGUUAAAAAAUUAUCAGAACCUAAUCCAUGUUGUCCUUUGUGUGACAGAGAUUUUUCAAAGUCUUCUGAUGCCCUCAAAGUUGCAGAUAAGUUGAAGGAAGAAAUAAAAAAUCAUCCUGACAGAUUAAAAAGCUGUGAAGAAGAACUUAAUAAAAUAAAGACUGAUCAUGAAGCCUUACUAGCUUUAAAAACAACUGUGGAAAAAAUUUUUAAAUUUGAAGAAGUUGAAAAAGAUGAAUUGAGAAAAAAAAUUGAUGAAAAUCGGACAAUACUAGAAGCUUCAAAAAAAAGUAUUGAAGACAUGCAUGUAAUGAUAUCUGGGUUAGAAAAAAAAAUUCAGAUGUGUAAUAAUCUCUCCGGAUAUCUAGCUGUAUGGGAUCAAAAUUUAAAUGAUAUUGAACAAUUGGAAACUAAUUAUAACGAAAUCUUGUUAGAUAUGGAUGAUUCAAACUUCCGUGAUGAUCGAACAAUCGAAGAAGUUCAAAACGAACGAGAAGAAUUGAAACAAAAAAAAAAAGAAAUUCAAGACGAAAUAGCAUCUCUCCGUAAAAAACUAGAUUCACAAAAUGAAGAAAUCAAAAAAGCAAAGGAUUUAAGAUCAAAGGUUUUGGAAGAGCAAUUAAGUAUUCAUAAUGAAGUUCAAAACCUUAAACAGUGGAGAGAAUCUUUAACGCAACUUCUUAAAAAAGAAGCAGAAUUAAUAGAUACAAUUCAAAGUUUACAACAGCAAUUAACGACAGCUCAAAAUAAACUAGAUAAUGGACUUCAAGAGUUGGAAAAUUUAAAAUCAAACCAUAGAGAACAAUUAGAUAAAGAAAGGAAAAAACUGUCAGAAUAUUCAAAGCAAAUAGAUAAAUUAAAUUCACUACAUCUCGAAGUUGUUUCACUACAAGCUAAGAAAAUUGAAAUUCGUUUAGAAGAAACAAAAAACGAAAUGACUGAAAAUGAGAAAAUUUUGGAAGACAUUAAAUUAAAGGCUACUCAAUUUAAACAACGACUACUAGAAUACAAGGAAGAUAUUUCAUCGUACGAACUCCGAAAACGAAAUUUAAAUGACAAUUCUAAAUAUCGUCAGUUUAAUUCAAAAGUGGUAGAAAUAAAAGAACUUAUUAAACAAUUAAGUGGCCAAAUUCAAGAACUAGAUAUUGAAAAUUCAAAGAAAAACUUGGAAUUUUUAAAGCGAAAAGCAGAGAAACUUGAAAAAGAAAUAAAUAUCGCUAUGGGAAGUGAAAAAGAAUUGCAGCACAAUAUAUCACAAUUGGAGGAUGAGCUUCAAAAAGAAGAGUACUGCACUUCAAGAAAUAAAUACCGGAGUAAAUGGUUAGAAAAAGCAGUUACAGAAAAUGUAAUUUCUGAUCUUCAAAUUUAUGUUAAAGCCUUAGAUUUAGCCGUAACUAAUCACCAUGAAGAACGUAUGAAUAGUGUUAAUAAAUCCAUGAAAAAUCUAUGGAAUCUCAUUUACACAGGUACAGAUACGACUUCUAUUCAAAUUCGAACUGAUGCAACAGUUGAAGGUAAAGCACGUCGUCAAUUCAAUUAUAAACUUGUCCAAAUAAAGCAUGGUGUCGAAAUGGAUAUGAAAGGUCGAUGUAGUGCAGGUCAACGUGUUCUCGCAUCGAUUGUAAUUAGAUUAGCAUUAGCUGAGACAUUUUAUGAUCAAUGCGGUAUGUUAGCACUUGAUGAACCAACUACAAAUCUUGACUCUCAUAAUGCUGCCAAACUUGCUGAUACACUAUAUCAAUAUGUAAGCUUACGAGCUGCUGACCAGAAGAAUUUUCAACUUAUAAUAAUUACUCACGAUGCAAAUUUUAUUCAUAAAUUGAGUCAGUUGAAUAAAAAUGGUGGUUUUUAUGAAUUGUAUCGUAAUAAUGAAGGUUUAACUUCUAUUCAAUAUCUUUCAAUUGAUGCUGAAAAUCAACGACGUCGCCGGCUCGACGAUGAUGUAAGUGAUGAAGAAAGCCAGGUUAAUAAUGCUAUUAAAGCUCCGAAUAAACCGAGUAGUAUUCCAAAUAGCAAUUCAAGUAAAAAAAGGACAAUUUCUCCAUCUACUUCGCAGAGUAGUUCUAAAAAACCUUUUACAUUUAAAUUAUAAGAUUAAAAAUAAAUAAGUUACAUUCUGUACUAC